GCAAAUUAAUUUUGCUCCACAGCAAAAGCUGGAUAAGAAUCUUGUUCCACUGUUAGAAAUUAGAACUGUGUCAGUCGUUAUGAGUAAGGGGAUAGAAUCUUCACAACAUAAAAAUUCCAAAAUCUCUAGAUUUUGGAACUGCCAGACUAAAUCUCAAAAGAAACUAUCGUAAGCUAAAAUAACAGAAUUUAUUAUUGUCCCUUCAAAUAUUAAAGAGAGCUCUUAAGAAUAUAACUUGAAUAAUGGUCAUGAACUGGUUUGACACACUUAAUUGGUGGUUUAUGCUAUAAACCACCUGCUGCUAUAGUCUAAAAUGAAUGUAUCGAAGAGGAAAUAACCUUGUUGGCAUGUGUACAGCUAUACGACACACGUUUGUUUCACUGCUUGCAAACGCCAGUGCUAGAGGCUCAGAAUAAGUGAACAGGAGGAGGAUUUCAGUCACAGCAGUAAGUGGGUCCACUGAACAGAUAUGAGGACAGCAUGCUUGGGAAAGUCACAAACAAAUGAGAGGGGGAACUCCUGGCAUUCAAGUUCAAACUCAACUACAAGUACAGCAUAAGAGAAUCUAAUAGUUUAUUUUUUCCCACAUACUGCUUUUCUUCACUAAGCUUUCUGAAAUCUAAACCUCUAGAAAAUACUAAAAACUUUGGAGGUCUUAUCUACAAACACAUAAAGAUGUGCGUAUACUCUCAGAGACUUUAAUUUUUUUUUUUAAAGGAAGGAGUCAACUUUGGCUUUGGUGUUUGGCAUGGCUACAAUGCCUUAAAAAAGCAGAUGAUCAACUUAGCUUCUGACCAUGCUGACCACUGUCUGGAAUUGGAUUGAAUCACAGAAAAACAGCAAAUGGCUCUCUCUUAUAGAAUGUCUGAACAAAGCACAAUUCCUGAGCACAUUUUCCAGAGUACAUUUGAUCACUUGAAGUCUUCUAACUGGUCUGGAUUACAGACAGAAUCAAUACCAGAGGAAAUGAAAGAGAUUGAUGAGGAACAGGGAAAUAAACUGCACUGGGCAGCUCUUCUGAUCCUCAUGGUGAUAAUACCCACAAUUGGUGGAAACAUCCUCGUUAUUCUGGCUGUGUCACUGGAGAAAAAGCUGCAGUACGCUACUAAUUACUUUCUCAUGUCCUUGGCGGUGGCUGAUUUACUGGUUGGAUUGUUUGUGAUGCCGAUUGCCCUCUUGACAAUAAUGUUUGAGGCUAUGUGGCCCCUCCCACUUGUUCUGUGUCCUGCCUGGUUAUUUCUUGAUGUUCUGUUUUCAACUGCAUCCAUCAUGCACCUCUGUGCCAUUUCAGUGGAUCGUUACAUAGCUAUCAAAAAGCCGAUCCAGGCCAAUCAAUAUAACUCCCGAGCUACCACAUUCAUCAAGAUUACAGUGGUGUGGUUAAUUUCAAUAGGCAUUGCAAUUCCAGUCCCCAUUAAAGGGAUAGAGACUAAUGUGCUUAACCCAAACAACAUCACUUGUGAACUAAGAAAGGAACGGUUUGGCAAUUUCAUGCUCUUUGGCUCAUUGGCUGCCUUCUUUACACCUCUUGCAAUCAUGAUUGUCACCUACUUUCUCACUAUCCAUGCGUUACAGAAGAAAGCUUACUUGGCCAAAACCAAGCCACCUCAACGCUUAACAUGGCUGUCUGUGUCCACAGUUUUCCAAAGGGAGGAAACACCUUGCUCAUCACCUGAAAAGGUGGCAAUGCUAGAUGGUUCUCGCAAGGACAAAACUCUAUCCAGUUCAAGUGAUGAAACACUUAUGAGAAGAAUGUCUUCUAUUGGGAAAAAGUCAGCGCAAACCAUUUCCAAUGAACAGAGAGCCUCAAAGGUUCUUGGAAUUGUGUUUUUCCUCUUUUUGCUUAUGUGGUGCCCCUUUUUUAUUACAAAUAUAACUUUAGCUUUAUGUGAUUCCUGUAACCAGACUACUCUGAAAAUGCUCCUAGAGAUAUUUGUGUGGAUAGGUUACAUCUCCUCAGGGGUUAAUCCUUUGGUCUAUACCCUCUUUAAUAAGACAUUUCGGGAUGCAUUCAGCCGAUACAUCACCUGCAAUUACCAGGCCACUAAAUCAGCAAAAACUCUUAGAAAAUGCUCCAGUAAGAUCUACUUUAGGAACCCAAUGGCAGAGAACUCUACAUUUUUCAUGAAACAUGGAAUUCGAAAUGGGAUUAAUCCUGCCAUGUACCAGAGCCCAAUAAGGCUCCGAAGUUCAACCAUUCAGUCUUCAUCAAUCAUUCUACUAGAUACACUUCUACUCACUGAAAAUGAAGGAGACAAAACUGAAGAACAAGUUAGUUAUGUAUAGCAGAACCUGCACGGUUUCAUCUAAACGUAAUGAUGAUAACAAACAAGAUUAAGUGUGCAUCAAGAAUUAUGUAAAGAAGAAUUUUAUGUCAUAUAUCAAAUCAUCUCUUUUGAAAUGAAGAGUUAAGUGUUAAAAUUAUCCAAUUUUCCUUAUAUGGACAAAAUUACUCCAUGAAAAAAGUAAUUUUCUAUGGCUACAAGCAAAAGCAAGCCAGCACUAUGUUUAAAUAUUAGUUUUCAAAUGAAAUGAGAUUAUAAAUAAAUUUCAG